AUGCCUGCAGAGGAAGGACCCCCGAACCCUCCUUCACAAUUUGGUGAACAGCCCGGAUCGCCAGCUUUGUCGACAAGCUCCACUGCCGAAGGAGGCUCGUCGCCCAUACUACCUCCCCUUCCAGCCCCUACAUUGAACGGUAGAGCCAUCGAGCUCCUGAAAACUCCCCCAUCUGCCUCCCGAACAGAUAGCAGUCACAGUCAAUACUACACCGCGAGCUGGGGAUCUCCGUACCCGCGGCCACCACCCAGCGAAUCCCAACCAAAACAUUCCUACGCCCAUAGUAAUACGUUGAGCAGCGAGCCAUCGGAAGAUUCGCCCAUUCGCCAUCUCGACUUUCAUACCCCGUACUUACGUCCGCCUCCGACUUUCACGCGCCAGACCAGCGAUCCCGACUUCGUUUCGCAAGACGGGCUCAUCAGUGCCGCUGUUCUCGCAAAUCGAGCUCGACGACCAGCUCAAGGUUUGACUGAAGACUGGAUCCGACAACAUACAGGUGGAGAAUCAGGAGAGGCGAACCAUUGGCUCAGUGACGACCCUGGAGAUAGUGAGCACUCUUCACUGAGCGGAUCCAUCUCAGGAGACAAUAGGCAGGACGCCGAUCCGCGAACACCGACCCUCCAGCGAUUUCUUGACUCAAGAGAAAAGGCGCGCAGUUCAAAGAAAAAAAGACAAGACAGAAAGCAAAGCACAGACACUUUGAAGCAGGAAGACUUCUCGGAUUCGGUGCGCCCCAGCAUGUCAGAUACAAUGGGCAAUGCCGCAUCGGUCGGUGAAAAUAAUGCUCGGUCGUCCUCGUUCGAUGAAAGACUACCCCCGCCUCCACCGAAGCAAGAAUGGAGCGUUUCAGCUUCGGCAGCCCAAACAAUUCCGAACGUUGCGUCUACUCCCUCCCCAGCACCAGACCCUCCGCGUCUGAAGAAAAAGGUGCCUUGGAAGGGCAAGAACAUAAUGGUCUUACUACCACGGGAUGACGAACGUGGUCAAAUAAGCGGUGCACCGACUCCCAUGACUGAGAAGGAUGUUGAAGCUAAAUUGAAAGAAUGGGAGGACCAGGGCUAUGAUACAUCUGGAUUCAAUCUAGGAGAAGGUGAAAAUGUGAGCGGUUAUGCAGAAAAAGGCCAGAGUUGUGCCCUCUGGCCGCAGAUUGAAGAUGUGCUUGAGGAAAGACAGCAGAGAUCUUUCAAAGUUAGCAUCCCUGAUCGAAGAGAAUGGGAUAAUUAUGUUCAAGAUCUCCAAGAAGCAAAGCUUCGCGCCCUUGGAGUAUCACUAGGCGAUGAAGACCCUCCGCCUUUAAUUUCACCAGCUGUGUCGAACAUGAGCAGACAAGCCUCAACGACAUACCCGCCAUUGCCAUUUUCACCACCGAUACCAACUUCAUCGGCUGCUAGUCAAGCCCAUAAUCCAUUCUCUCCGGCUCUUAUGCCUGGCGCUGGCAUGUCAACUAGUCAGAGCUCUAAUCCAGGUUCCAUUGCAUCGCCAGCUUCGAUGCAUGCGCAUUUGCAAGGGAAAUUCAACCCAAGACAAUCGGUGUCAUUUUCAGCAGGCGAGUUUGGAUCACCAUACCCUCAGCAAUCGACAGGUGUUUGGUCACCACAGCAAAUGCUCUACCACCAAGGAGCUCCACGAGGUGGUUCACCAUCCUUGAAAAACCUUAGCGCAGUUGUAUCACCUAGCUCACCUUUCCCUCAAGACGGCUACUUUCAGGGUGACGUUAUGUCUCAACUGCAGCAGCGUCAACAGCUCUUGCAGAACCAAUUGCAACAGCAACAACAGCAGCAAUUACAGCUUCAAGCUUCUGCUAAAGCUUCUCCUCACCUCCAGGAAGUGCGUGUUGCUGAAGAUGAAGAAACCCCGGCUCCCUCCAAAAGUCCCUCCAAGACACCAGAGGCGCGACAGAUCAAGCACAACCCAAGUGCUAGUCUUCAGAAGGAAAUUGACGAUGCUGAGUAUCAUCUUGAAGAACAAUUCCAACGUCAACUUGAACACGAGGAUUACAGCCCUCACUCUGAGAUGGGUGACAAAGCAGUUCAUGUCGACUCUAAACAACAGCCAAAUCACACUUCAAAUGUCUCUACUGGCCAUAACGGACUCUCUGCAUCGAUGUAUGCGGACGACGGUGAAGCGGAACCCGUGUUAUAUCAUCCACAGCCACAUAGCAGAGGACAUUCACUUUCUCAACAUCCAUUUCAGGACCACGAGGAUACGUCAAGUGCAGCCGAGUCUAAAACUGGAUUUCGAAAUAAAAAGAGUCUCAAGGCUGAGGUUUCGGAUAUCGAGACAAAUCCGAGCGACAUGGGCACUCCUGUUCAAGACAACGGCCUGAACGGACACGACAGGUCUCUGUCCACAUCGAGCAAUCCUUGGGCGUCGGAACCAAGUCAAACCGGCGACAGCAAUCCGCCAAGUCGUCCCAGUCAUAGCACCAAGCCAUCAACGUCCAAACUCAACGUGGCUGCGAAGGAAUUUAAGUUUGACCCUGCCAGCUCUUUCAAGCCAGGCCAAUUUGCCUUUGGUGGGGCCGCGAACAACUUCCAACCACCGCCAGUUGCCUCAUUCCCGUCCCUUGCUGCGCCCCACUCCGCCACGUCGAGCCAUUUCAGUAACCAAUCGCUGGGUAGCUCGAAGGGCAAAUUUAAUGUUGCUGCGGCUGCUUUCACUCCUGGCCAGAGUGAAUUCAGUUUCUCAGCCGGAGGGCCAAGCUUCAGGCCAGAUAGCAAACCUUUUACACCUUCAAAUGGUGCUUUCUCCGCCUCAGUUGGGAGCCUUGCUUCUGGGAGUGAUGACCCUGCCCGCGCUUCAAUUUUCGGCGGUAUCGACUUGAGCGCAAUUGGUGUUUUCAAACCACCCAAAAAGUCGAAGGCCAUCCCAAUUGUUCGUCCAGACAGCAGCCAUUCCCGAGCUUCACUUCCCAGAAAUUUGGAGGAUGAGGUAAUGGAAGGCAAGGAUGGUCGCAUUACCCAGGGUGAGGGACGUAUUAAAAGAGCCCGCGGUGGAAAGGAUGAUGGAAAUUCAGUGCCGCUAUUUGCUGAACCCAGCAUGCCGCUCUCGGAGACUUCACGGGAACAGUCACCACCAAAGGAAACAGCUCCAGCGAUCGCCAAACCGGCAGACAAAGAGAAUUCGGCACCACCCAGUGAAGAUGUUGAUCGAGCACCAACUGUUCCUCCAAAGUCUCAUGCACGGGCUGUAUCGAAUAUAUCGAAUGUAUCUGAGGUGUCACCAAUCUCACCAGAUCAGCCCGCCAAAGACUUUGCUCCCUUCGAGUUCCAGCAACAAAAACAAGUCGAAGACUUUAAUUCUGCACGGCCAUUCACAUCAAGCAGAUAUGGAUCUGGCCUCCCUGCAUAUGGCUUCCACGCUCCAUCGGACGACGAAGUCUCUGUGGAAGGAUCCGUCAAACCUGCUUCAAAGUCUCACAAGAAGAAUACUUCCUCGCUGUCUGCAACUGCAAAACCCUUUGAGUUCAAGCCAGGACCCUUCAACUUCACUUUUGGUCAGCCCUCUGAGGCAAUGGCUGCUGUGGCCCCGCCGCCUACUCUUCCUGGUUUGUCAGGUUCUAGGUUUGCUGGAAGCCCAACACCACCUCCUCAGUUGUCAUACCCUGAAAGUGACUUCGAGUUUAAUGAGGUUGCCGACUUCCAAAAUGCAUUGCCUGGUCCAGAAAGUCCGCCGGGAUACAAAGAACCGGUAGGCGAGACCGCAGAUCGCGAACCUACAUACGAGGAGAUUGAUGAUAUUAUGAAUCAUCUUAACCAAGCCGAGUUCGAGUCCGCUCCUCGCGACAGCUCGCCGGGAUAUAUUCAGCCAAGUCCGAUGAGACAGAUACAAAUGCCCAACUUAGAGCAGUCUUCGCCCAUUCGUCUGCAACCUCAGAAUCUUAUGCGCAGCGAUGCACCGAGCCCAAGUCCCGGACGGUUCAUGGCACUGCCCGGCGAGCCUGUCGCGUCCCAAAGAAUCUUCUCCCGUGCCCACGAUGAUCCCUUCGUUGAAGAAUCACCACAGCCGUUGCCAUUCAUAUCACCCUCACCUAUUCAUCGUCUGAAUAGAGGCAGCAGUGUGCCUGCUAGUGAUUGGGACGAUGUUCUUAGUGAAACAGAAGAAAACAAGCUUCAGCCUCGCGCCCGCUUCUUCGAUAGCCAUGUCAAUGAUCUCGUUGGUGGCUUGUUGGCUGACAGACUUGAUCCUGUGGAAAGGACUUUGGAGUCGAUUCAAAUGUCUUUAGAUAUGAUGUCCGGCCGCGCUCCCUCCAGCAGACGUGAGAGACGAAGUAUCUCCGGUGCUUUGAGUGACGCUGAUGACGAGGAUGAUGAUAAUCCUCGUAGAUCGCUCAGCCCGAGACGUGACAAAAAGCUGGACAAGAUUCGAAGUGUUGUUCUUGAGGCUCUUAAUGCUCAUCAAUCAUCACGACCAGCUACAGCAUCCACAGAGCCAAAGGCUAUUCCUGAUUCUCAAAAUAUUCUUCUUGUUCUGGAAGAAAUGAAGGAGCACUUUGGUCAAUCAAUGCGUCUAGAUUUCCGUGCUGAUGAUCUGCGUAACAUUGUUGAGGAUGCUGUAGAGAAACGAAUGCCGCCUUCACCGAACCCCAUGAUCGACGAAGCUGCUGUUGCAAGGGAUGCUGAUCAAAGAGCCCGAAUCACUGACCUUGAGGAACGACUUCGAGCUGCUGAAGCUAAGCCUCUCUUUGAUGAAGGAGCUGCUGCCCGAGAAGCAGACCACAAGAUCAAAAUCGCCGAGCUUGAAGAAAAGCUUGGUCGUGCAGAUACCCGCUCCGAAGAAGAAAUCCAGAACCGACGUGCUGCCGAGGAUCGUCUUGCUGAAGUCCAAAGACUACUCCGAAUCUCAAGUGAGGAGGAGGAUCGCCUCCGAGAAGCUAUGGAAGAGAGAGAGGUCAAGAUUCGAGAGAUUGUCGAUGCCAGCGAUCAGAAGGUAAGAAAUGUCGAGGAACAACGAGCCAAGACCACCAUGCGGAUUGCGCUCCUUGAAGCUAGCCAGAACAAUGCCCAAAAGACCCAGUCCGAUCUUCAAAAUAGGAUCAACGUCGCUGAGGCUGAUCUCCGACAAUCCCGACAAGCAGCCCAGCACUGGCAAAUGGAAGCGGAGCGCGCUCUGGAGGCGGCCAAGAGGCACAGCGAGGAUGCCGAAAUGGCCAAUGAGACAAACAAGGCCCUCGGGCGGAACGUGGACAGCCUACGGACUCAGAUGGAGGAAAGUAUCCGAGUCCGAGAAGGCAUGAGAGGGAAAUUAAUAGAUUUGCAGGAGGAUAUGGCGCAAGCUGCCCGCAACAUUUCCGAAGAGAACGCCCGCCGCGCUAAAAGAGAACAAGAACUCGUUGCCCGACAGGAGGUCCUCGAUGCUAAGUUGCAAGCGGAAGCCCGGACCCGAGAACGGCUAGAGCAGGAAAUUGAGAGGUUAGAGGGUGGUGAAAGAGAGGGCAUGAGGGCGGUCAGUGAGUGUAAGAAGUUGGAAGGUAUUAUUGCUGAGUUGAGGCUUGAAAGUCAUAAUGCUCAGAAGGAAGUGAUGAGAUUCCAGCGCGAGUUUGAGGAGGCUCGUGAGUCGGGGUUGAGUGAAGUGCAACGGACGAGGCGCUUCAUGCAAGCAGAGCUCGACGCCGCCAAUAACCAGGUCAAUGUCGUCAGGGAAGAUCUCGAAAACCAAGUGUUGAGACUUCGUGCAGAGGUUGAUCAGGUGAAAUUGGAUGCUGAUACAGCAAAGGAACAGCAUGAGAUGUUGCUUGAGGAAGCGAAUAACUCGAAGCAAAAUGCCGUCUACGAUGUGAAGCGCAAGCACGCCGACAAACUCGAAGAUCUCCAGACUCAGCAUGAGCGACAACUUGGCAAUGCUAUUGAAGAUGCUCAACGCUCGGAACAACAUCUUCUGGAACGUCUUUCUCUUUCCUCGUCCAAGACCGAACAUCUACAAGAUCGUGUUCAACACCUGGAGGAACGACUCGAGAUUGCCAACCAAGCCGCGAAUGCAGCAGCCAAGGCCGCACGUUCAGCUAGUGGAAGUGUCCCCGUACCCCUGCCACAAACAACAACAUCAGUUUCUGUGCCUCAACAGCAACAAGCUGUAUCCCGUGUCACGGAACUUCCGGAGAAGAUCUCCCCUCAAGCUCUCCGCGAAUCCAUCAUGGUCCUGCAAGAACAGCUGCAAGAUCGCGAGCAAACAAUCGAGAAAUUAGAAGCUACUCUCGCAACUCUUGAUGUAGACGCUCCAAUCAAGAUCUCCAAGCGCGACGACGAAAUUAUGUGGUUGCGCGAGCUACUUGCUGUUCGCAAGGGUGAUCUUCAAGAUAUCGUGACCUCGAUAUCGAGUGAGAACUUCAACCCUGAACAGCUCAAGGACGCUGCUAUUCGCCUCAGCGCCAACUUGCAGAUGGAGGAGCAGGAGAGGGAAAGAGCCAUGAAUGGUGGUUCUGCAAUAAGUUUGCCCAACAUUGCUGCUUCACUGCGCGAUGCUGCGACUCCACGGAUGGCGCAAGCAGUUGGCCCACUCGCAGCAGCUUGGGGGAAUUGGAGAAAAUCAAGGGAUACUGAUGCGGGUAAUGGGAGUAGGUCGAGCACUCCGAGUAGACAAACUUCAAGUCGCCAUAACCCUAGUCCAUCGGCACAGUCUUUCCUUGGCGGUCUAUUAACUCCACCAGCCAGCACUGCACCCAGAGUAUCACCACAGCCAACCGCCUUCGGCAGCACAGGCCAGCGCUUCACAUCCGCUCAGUUAGCAAAUCGGCCACGCAACAUGACGCCAAGAAAGCAAGGCAAGGCGCCAGAGCCGAGAACACCGCCUAUGAUGAGCAAGAGCAGUUACGACCCAGACGCCGCGGAUGCGCAGGACUUCAGUGAUGCGGGCUUUUAUGAUGAUGAUGAGAGUACAGUUGAUGAUGGGUAUGGAAGUAGUGGGGGACCGCUACCGCUAGGUCGGUGA